UAAACGAGAUGCGGAGCAUUUUGUGUGGUAUUUAUUUCGUGGUCUUGGCAGCUGGAGCAGCUGCUGAUUUGGAUGUGUGCCUCAAGGAGCUGGGCUGCCUGCGCGGCAUCCUAAUGCCAGGAUACAAGCAGGAGCAGGCGCAGUUCGAAGCAUUCAUGGGCAUACCCUUUGCCGAGCCGCCCGUGGGAGAAUUGCGCUUCCAGAAUCCGGUCGCUGCCCGUGGCUGGACGGGCGUAUUGGAUGCCAGCGCGGCACGCAGUCAUUGCCUGCAAAAGUGUUACUUCAUAGACACCUGGCCCGUCUCCGGCGAGGAGGAUUGCCUCUACCUGAAUGUCUACAGACCUGCUAAGCAAAGUGCGCAUCCCUUGCCCGUCAUGGUCUACAUUCACUCGGGUGGCUUCCUGUGCGGCUCUGCCUGCCCGCUGGCCAGCGGCCCGGAGUUCCUCAUGGACACACAGCAGGUCAUUGUGGUCACGAUCAGCUAUCGCCUGGGUCCAUUUGGUUUCCUGAGCACUGGCGAUGCGCACAUGUCCGGCAAUUUCGGGCUGAAGGAUCAGCGCUUGGCGCUUCGGUGGGUGCAGCAGCACAUCGCCUCCUUUGGCGGCGAUCCGGGCCUGGUGACCAUCUUUGGGCACAGUGCCGGCGGCAUAUCCACGCAUCUGCACAUGCUGAGUCCCAGUUCGAAGGGACUCUUUCAGCGCGCCAUGUCCUUGAGCGGCACAGCGAUGAUGGCGACUACCCUGGUCUACGAUCCGCUGCCCCAGGCCCGACAGCUCGCCGAGAGCGUGGGCGUGGCACAGGCCAAGAGCCUGGACAGCCAGGCGCUAACCGCAGCUCUGCGCCGGAUUGAUGCAAUGGAUUUGGUGACAGCCGGAGAUGUCUUCAAGCAGUGGGACAACUUGCCCAUAGUCAACUACGGUCUGGUUGUGGAGCAGGCCGACUCGCCCGAGUCCUUUAUGAACGAGUAUCCGAAUGCUGCCCACCUGGGCGGGCGCAUCAAUCAGGUGCCCUGGCUGCUGGGCAGCACCUCGCGCUCGGGUGAAGGCUCCAUGUUCCUGCUGCACACCUUUGCGAAUCCGCAGCUGCGGAAGGAGUUCAAUGACAACUUUUUGGAACUUUACGGCUCGCUGCUCUAUCUGCCCAAGGGCUCAACCGAGCAAACGGUGCGGGAUAUACUGAAGGUGUACGGCGUGCAGGAUAUGGAAUUGAAUGAGAAUACGUUAGCUCCGCUUUCGGGCAUUCUCGGGGAUUUCACAUUCGUCUAUCCCAUGUUUGUGAGCGCCGCCAGCUAUGCUGAAUUUUCAAAGCAACCCGUCUCAAUCUACAAUUUCGAGUACCUCAGCAACAUUCUCGUAUGCCGUAAUAUUCACGGGUGGCAUCCUCUACGACCAGCUGGGUGCAAGCCACAUGGAUGUAUCCUACCUGAUGAUACCCAAUUGCUACCCUGCACAGCUGAGAAGUUUACUUCGGAUGAAAUAUGCAACUAUUUCCGUUUUGGACAGCUGAAUGGGGCCUACCAUGAGACAGUCGAGAGACAAGACACUACCAAAAGCCAUCGCCCAUUCGUCAUGAUUCAUGCGGGAUUCGCUACACUUUUCUUGCUGCUGCUCCAACUGGCCGCUGGCCAGCUUGGGAUUAAUCCCAAGGCUCUGAUUGUGUGCGGCGGCAGCUUGGGCUGCCUGAAGGGCAUCCACAUGCCGGGCUAUCAGAUCAAGCGCUUCGAGGCCUUCCUGGGCAUACCCUACGCCCUGCCGCCCAUCGGCGAGCUACGCUUCAGCAAUCCCAAAGUCAUGCCCAAGCUGCGCGGCAUUUACAAUGCCAGCGCUCCGAAGCCGGACUGCAUACAGAAGAACUAUCUGCUGCCCACGCCGAUCAUCUAUGGCCAGGAGGAUUGCCUCUACCUCAAUGUCUACAGGCCGGAGCAUCGCUCUAGGCAGCCGCUGCCCGUCCUGGUUUACAUACAUGGCGGCGGCUUCUUCAGCGGCUCCGCCGGGCCGCUGCUCACCGGACCCGAAUACUUCAUGGACACCGGCGAGGUGCUGCUGGUCACCAUGGCCUAUCGCCUGGGCGCCUUGGGCUUCCUUUCCACGCAGGACGCCUCGAUGCCCGGCAACUUUGGGCUCAAGGAUCAGCAGCUGGCGCUGCGCUGGGUGCAGCGCAACAUCAAAUCCUUUGGCGGUGAUCCGCGACGCGUCACCAUUUUUGGACAAAGCGCUGGGGGCGUGGCCACGCACAUGCACAUGCUAAGCGCCCGGUCGGAGGGCCUGUUCCAGCAGGUGAUCAGCAUGAGCGGCACAGCCAAUGUGCCCUUCGCCAUAGAGCCGGAGCCGCUGCAGCAGGCACGCCAGACCGCCGCGCUCUGCCAGGUGGCAAAUGCCCGGAAUCUGAGUACGCCCAAGCUGGCGCGCGCUCUGCGUGCGGUGGACGUGCAGACGCUGCUGAAUGCCGGCGACGGACUCAAGUUCUGGAACGUGGAUCACAUGGCCAACUAUCGGCCCGUGGUGGAGCACAGCUCCGCCGAGGAGGAGGCGUUCCUCAGCGUACAUCCCGACGCGCUGCUGGCCCAGGGCAGCUACAGGCCGGUGCCCUGGCUGCUGGGCACCGUGCCCGAGGAGGGCGCCGUCCGCGUGGUCAACAUCAUGGAGAACGCGACGCUGCGUCGCGAGUUCAAUGCACGCUUUGACGAGCUGCUGCAGCAGCUGCUCGAGCUGCCCAAGGAGCUCAACUCCCAGCAGCUGGCACAGGCGAUGCAGCUUGUGAGCGAAAAGUACUUCCGGAACAGGCAUGAGCUCAACGAGCUGACGGUACAGGGAUUCCUCGAUCUCAUCUCAGAUCGGGGCUUCAAGCAGCCGCUUUACAAUGCCGUGCGGCAGCAUUUGGCCGGCGUUCGCUCUAGCCGGGAGCCACUGUACUUGUACAGCUUCAACUAUGUGGGCCCCCGCAGCUAUGCCUCCGUCUAUACGAGCGCCAAUGUGGGCAACAAAUACGGCGUGGUCCAUUGCGACGAUCUGAUCUAUCUGUUCCGCAGUCCCAUGCUCUUUCCCGACUUCGAGCGCAACUCCACCGAGGCGAGAGUCAUCCAAUCAUUUGUCGGCUACUUUGUGCACUUUGCCAAGUUCGGUAAGCCCAGAAAUGUGGAGUCGCUUGGGCGCUGCACGGAAGCAGUUCUUCUGGCACGACCCGAAGGUAUUUGCGAUCAUCACGUGUUCCAAAAUGCGCCCAACGAUCGUCCGCAAUUCGAGGUGAAUGUUUCGCAAAGAUUUCGCGCGACAAGUGCCAAAUUCUGGACUAAUUUAUUGGCAGAACCAAAGCAUUAUUAAGAUUAUAAUUUAUUAAAUAUUAUAAGCUAGCAUUAGGAGUGUUAAGAAAUAUAAUAUAGUUUAUAUAUAUAAAGGCAAGCUGUGCUGAUUGACUGAUUGACUGAUUGACGAACGACGCACUGCUUGAACUCUAUUAAAAAAUUCCACGAAUAGGCGUGGAAUAUAAGUGGCAAAUGGUACUAUGAAA